GAUUGGAAGAACAGGAAAGAAAGGUAAAACAAAGAGAGUUAUUGGCUGUUGCAUCUACUUCUUCGAUAGAUAACUUGGAAUGUCUUGAGAAUUCGGAUGAGGAACAGAUUUCGAACUCUGAACUUAGUACUCAGAUUCCUUGCCCUGAAAACAGUUUUAAAAGAGGCACGAAAUUUCGUUAAAGCACAUAUUGCUAAGACAAACAUUACAUCUUUGUUAACUUUUUAUAAGACUGAACUGUUUGUUAGAGACGAUUACCGCGAAUUGGUUGAACUAUGCGUUGUGUUCUUAGGAGGAGACACAGUGUAUAAACUAAAACUCAGGCCCCCCGAGCUUUGCAUCAAGCGCGAUGGAUGGCGAGAGCAAUCUAUUCUAUAAAAAUAUGUUUGCUUCAAUCGCAACUUAAAAUUACUGCAAGGGACAAAAAUGCUCUACAAGAUGUUUGUUUAUUUAUCGUCACCUUGUAUACCAAACCUUGGCUCGAAUGUACAAUGGCAGUUAAAGCACCUAACCAAGACUUGUCCUUUUUGAAAGCUCUAAAAGAAUAUGAAAAAGUAGACGCGACAAUUUCCAAGGCAUCCAUAAGCAAGUUUAUUCGUCAUUUAUGGUAUUUGUGUGAAGAAACAGUCAUAUUAUCACUCUUUGAUGAAGAAGUUGAUACCAAAACCAAGACAAAAAUUAUUAAUAAUUUAAACAGAGACGAAAGUUCAGAUUCCUCUAAACGCUAUGUCCCAUCGAAGGAAGAAAUUACGCAAAAUUUGUUUGAUAUGACGCUGGAUGAUUUUGUAACUCAAAGAAGCAAACGAUUUCUAUCUCGACUACAGAUCGACGACAGUUUUCUUCGGGAAGACGUCUCUUCGUGGGGUGACAAUCCUGCUUUUUUGGAAGCUAGAAGACGAUUAAGUCGUUUGAAGGUCGUAAAUGACACUGCUGAAAGAGCUGUUAAAUUAAUGCAAGAUUAUAAUGGUCUUAUCACGGCUGAAGAAGAGCAAAAUCAGUUUUUGUUGCGUUGUGUUCAGGAACAUAGAAAUCUACUGUAA